AUGGGAAACUUUCUCAGUAAAUCGUAUCUUGAGCUGCGCGGCCUCACCUUCCCGAGGUGGGUUCGCAGAGCAGGACCCGAGCCUGCACGCUGCCCUGUCUGUAGGAAGGUCAGGCCGGUUCCCAGGCCAGCGCCACCACCAGCCCGUCCACCUAGGGCCCCCAAGAGGAGGUGCCCUCUGCCGGAGGCCUCGGACACCACCCGGGGGCAGGGCCCUUCAGCGUCUCCAGAGCGAUCGCCAAAAAGACCUGCGCCUCUGCUGCCAACUGGAGACUCGGGGUUGGAAACCCCCAGAAGCCCAAGCACCCCUUCGGGUCAGCUCGAGUCCACACCUCGAAUUGCAACACCCAGGCCGCGCAAUCAUCUUGUGGUGCCCAAGAUGCCGUGGGACGUCCCUCUUCCUGAUUCAAGCAGCGCAGAGUUUGAAGGCCAAGAGGUUACCCAAUCUCAUGGCUGUGACAUUCCUAGCUCGCAAAGCUCCACCGCAGACAAGCUGGGUGAAAACGAACCCCCGAAUGGCUCACGCUCCCAGGAGUCAGGUAAGGUGGUGGAGGGCAAAAAGCCAACCACAAGUCCACCACCAGACUCCCAGGAGUCAGCGAAGGGGGUAGUGGACUCUCAGGAGUCAGCGAAGGGGGCAGUGGAUGUAAAGCCCAAAGCUCGUCCACCACAGGACUCCCUGGAGUCAGUGAAGGGGGUGGCAGUUGAAACACCCACAGCUAGACCACCAGCAAGCCCUACUACCCCAAAUCUGGCAGCUCGCAGAGCAUCCAAAAGGAAAGCAGCAUUGCCAUCAGCUCUUCCUUUGCCAGAGAUUGUGCCAGUACCAAUACAGUGGGGUGGCAGUGAGCUUCCCCCACCUCCUAAACUUCCAUGCAUGGACAUGGAGAAAGACGUGGACAUUUGGAGGAGAACAGAAGUGACAGAUGGCAGUGACAUCAACACUGCCUCUUCUGUUCCUCCAUCUGAUUCAGAGACUUAUGUCUUCGUGACCCUGCCUACCUGCACUUUAAACAUCCCAGCUCUUCUCAACACCACUAAUGUGGAAGAGCAGGCUGCUGGGGCCAACAUUGUGCCAGCACCCUCAUCAAACUCUAACGAGGGUCUAGCACCUAAAAUCCUCAUUUCCUCUUUGGCUCCUCCUGCAGACUCUCCUCCUUUUGGUACCCCAGCUUCUCAACUAGGGGUUCUAAAUGAUAAAAAUGGAAACCAUGCUCCUUUAAUGAGAGCUGCAACUCCUACCACUUCUCUCUCCUCCAAACUUUACCUUCCUGUUUAUUCCCUUCUCCCCUGCACAAAGGAAUCUAACACUGCUACUUCUCUUGAUUCCUGUCCUCUUCCCUUCUCCACCCUUCCUGUAGUCCCACUUCCCAUUAACACUACCACCACUGAUUUGGCUACAGCCGCCCCCAGUGUAUCCUGUCAUGUGAGCCUGCAGCCGGCCACAGAUGAAGAUAUUGUUCAGAUGGAUACCACACCUCCAUCUGCAGCCGUCAUUUACUCAUCUCCCCAAGUCUCCACCAUUGACUCCUGUGCAUUGCUUCAGGCUCCCAAUAGCUUGCAACAGGGAAACUUUAUGAAUGGGCCAGUACCCAGCGGCCCACCUAUACCUCCCCCACAACCAGUACCUCAGGUUCCCUAUGGCCUGCAACCAGGACACUUGCCGAAUGGGCCAGUGCCCACCAGCCCACCAGUACCCCAGGCGCUCUGCAGUCCACCUCAGGGCCAUGUCACCGUGGGCCCAGACCCCACUGCCCCUGCAACACCCUAUACCUAUCCAGUUCCCCAAAUCCCCUGCAGUCUGUACCAGGGGCAACUUGGGAUGGGGCUAGCCCCCACCAACCUACCUCCUACCAGGGGGUCCUGUUCUUCCCAAACCUUGGUCCCUCAAAAUGAUCACUAUUCCACCAAUUCCAUCACUGUUGUGCAACCACAGCACACAGUGUCACAUAGUGACUCUAUUUCCAGCAAGCAAUACCCCCACAAUCAGUUUAUACAGUCUCAGCACAUGCAGGGACCCAGCCCAAAUACUGGCCAUCCAUCUAGUGCUAGUGCCCUUCCACACCCCACACUUGGGGUUUUCAGUGGACUACCUGAUAACAAUUACUCUCUGAGCCAACCAGUACCCUUCCAAACACCAGUUAUUGACCUAACUGUGCCUACAAUGCAACCACCUAAUGACUCUGUCAAUGUGAUCCCUCUUGUGCAGCAGUUGCACAAUCCCUCUCUUCCGAUAUGUUAUGGACCUCGGGUUCUUCCCAGUAUGGAGCAAGCAAUUGUCCCUAUUCCUGAAAAUUGUUCUUCCACACCAACGAAACUAUUCAUGGACAAUGAUAUGAUGGAUACAACACCUCCUUCAGAGGCUUCAAUCUAUCCAUCUCCAACCGUCUUGACAAACAACCUCUCUGUAGUGAACCAGGACCAUUCUGCUCCUGCCCAUGUGCCACACAGUGGCAUUAUUUCCAGCAACCAAGACUCCCACAGUCAGUUUAUACAAUCCCAGAACAUGCCGGGGCCUAGCCCACACACUGGCCAUCCAUCUAGUGCUGGUGCCCUUCCACACCCCACCGUCGGGGUCUUCAAUGGACAACCUGACAGUUUGUCUCUGAGCCAACCAGUACCCUUACAAACACAUUAUUGA